AUGUCCGCGACCUCAAACCCCGAGAUGCCAACCUCCGGCGACGGUUGCAAGCCGUGCAAGAUCUGCGGCAACGCUCCGAACGUCUGCAAGUGCCAGCAGGGAGGACUGGUCGGCGUGGAGACGAAGGGGAAGGUCGGCAUGCCGGAGAACUAG